GCUUCCCGGCCUCCCCUUCCCCCCUUGGCGCGCGCGCGCGCUCGCGUGCAGUGGUGGCCGCCUCGUGUGUGGGGGGCGCCUGGCGCGGGGGUGCAUGGGUGACCUGGGAGGAGGGGCCUGGCGCGAGGCGGACGCGGAGGAGGAGGCGGAGGCGGCGCCGGCGCCGGACGGUGGGCGCGUCGGGCCCGACCACCUGGUGGUCAUGGUGCACGGGAUCGUCGGGAGUGCAGCGGAUUGGAAGUUUGGGGCUGAGCAAUUUGAAAAGCUGCUGUCAGACAAAGUUGUAGUUCACUGUAGCAAUCGCAACAUGUACAAGCUAACUUUGGAUGGCAUUGAUGUGAUGGGUGAGCGUUUGGCACAGGAGAUUAUUGAAGAAACCAACAAAAGACCACAGAUCAAAAGGAUCUCUUUUGUUGCACAUUCAGUCGGAGGAUUGGUUGCAAGAUAUGCUAUUGGAAGACUCUAUAGACCACCUAAACAAACAUCCCAAAUUUCUCCAAAUCUGAACAACACUAAUAGGGGCACUAUACAUGGGCUUGAAGCAGUGAACUUCAUAACUGUUGCAUCACCGCAUCUUGGUUCUAGAGGAAACAGACAGGUCCCUUUCCUUUUCGGAUUUACUGUGAUAGAAACUUUUGCCAGCUACAUCAUUCAUUUGAUAUUCGGAAAAACUGGGAAGCACCUGUUUCUCACAGACAAUGAUGAUGGGAAGCCUCCAUUGUUGCUACGCAUGGUGGAUGAUUGGGGGGACGCACAGUUCAUGUCUGCUUUGCAAGUAUUCAAACGAAGAGUUGCAUACUCCAAUGUUGGUCAUGAUCAUAUUGUUGGGUGGAGAACAUCAUCCAUUAGGCGAAAUUCAGAGCUACCAAAGUGGACUGAUUCAGCAAGCAAGAUUUACCCACAUAUUGUAUAUGAAGAACUAUCCAAAGCUGAAACCCUGAAUCUCUGUACUGAUGUUGCCGAUAUGGACAGUUGCAUGCUAGAAGAACGGCUUUUAAGAGGUCUGAAGCGUGUGUCGUGGGAAAAGGUGGAUGUAAGCUUCCACAACAGCAAAGUAAGAUCUGCAGCACAUAGUGUGAUUCAGGUCAAAGAUCCCGUUAUGCAUGGCGAGGGUGCCGAUGUCAUAAACCAUAUGAUCGACCAUUUCGUCCUAUAGCAAAACAGCUCGGAUCUCUAGAAACAAGCUUGAGCCAGGACACGUCAGUUGCUAACCGCUGAUUUACCGAGCCUGGUGAGCAAGUUUAUCGCAAAACCCAGGUUUCAAUUGUCUGUUAAACGGCGCUAGAAAAAGAGAAACUUGUAGAUACAGAGGAGAAAGACCAAAAAAAAAAAAAA